UCCAUUAAGGGAUAGGGUAUUAAGUAAAGUACAAGCUACUGUUGGAUUUAUUGGUGCUUUUACAGCUCCAAAAUUGGUAAAUCAUAAGCGAAAACAUACUCCAAAUGAUAUAAUUGAUGAUGUUAGGGAAAUGUAUGGUGUUGAGAUUUCUUACCAGCAAGCAUGGCGUGCUAAAGAACGUGCACUAGAGUUGAUAAGGGGCAAUCCUGCAGAUGCAUAUAAAAAUAUGCCAAGAUACAUACAUAUGUUGGGAACGGUGUAUCCAAAUUCUUAUAUACGGAUGCACAAAUCAGAGAAAAAUGAAUUUAUGUAUCUAUUCAUUGCUUUAAGGCCUUUGAUGAGAGGGUUUGAGUUCUGUAGGCCUGUUGUUGUUGUUGAUGGUUCACAUCUUAGUGGAGCUUACAAAGGGACGUUUGUAUCCGCAAGUACUCUUGAUGGGGCAGGUUGCAUAUUACCAUUAGCUUACGGGAUCGUCGAUACGGAAAAUGAUUGUUCAUGGACAUGGUUCUUCACACAGUUCAAAAAUGCAUUUGGUGAGAGAGAAAAAAUGUGUGUUGUUUCUGAUAGAAACGAAAGCAUAAUUAAGAGUGUUAGUAUAGUUUAUCCAAAUGUUCCACAUUUUGCAUGCAUAUGGCACUUGUGGAAAAAUGUUUGUACAUACUACAAGAGAAGUAAAAACACUCUAAGUGAUCUGUUUUAUUCGAUGGCUAAGGCUUAUCGGAAAAAGGAUUUUGAAAAAUUGAUGGCUAAAGUGGAAAAAGUAGAUGGCAGAGUUAAAAAGUAUCUUGAAGAGGCUGGCUAUGAAAGGUGGUCUAGAUCUCAUGCAACCGUGAAUAGGGGUAGAAUGAUGACAUCUAACAUUGCGGAAUGUAUCAAUGGUUGUCUUGUUGAUGCACGGCAAUUACCUGUUUUGGACUUUUUGGAAGAAGCCAGAAUUCUAUUUGGUUCUUGGAACUGCAAAAAUAGAGAAAUAGCAUCUUAUACAAAGGAAACAUUAGGGAGGAAAUUUGAAGAGAUAUUGAUUAUAAAUGCGUCCAAAUGUUCGAAAAUGAAGGUUGUUGCAUCUUCAGAAUUCAUUUUUUCAGUUUAUGAAGGUGGUAUAAGAUACAUCGUUUGCCUUGAGAGAAAGAAAUGUUCUUGUGGUAGAUUUCAGCAUGAUGAAAUACCUUGUGCGCAUGCAAUGGCUGUUCUGAAGAAGAAGAAUAUCAAAGAUGUACACCCAUACUGUUCUGAUUACUAUAAACCUGAUGCAUUAGCAAACACCUAUGCAGUUCCAAUGGAACCAAUGCCGGACAAAAGUGAUUGGAUAGUUCCGGAAAGUGUUUUGGAAGAAGUUGUAUUGCCACCAAGAUACAAAAAAAUGCCUGGUAGACCAAGAAAAAAAAGAAAGAAAAAUGCAGAUGAAAAGCUAAGCGGAAACACAAAUUGUUGUGGACGAUGUGGACAAGAAGGUCACAAUAGAAGAACAUGUACUUUCUUUCCAAAAGAUUCAUAAUGAUUAUGUUUCAGGAGUUCCUUUA